GCGACGCCGCGGCCGCGGAUGAUGUGAACGAUGGGAACAUUUUCUCCGCUCACUUGCACCGAGUGCGGCUGUCGGGAGGCGGACCACCAGGGCGAGCGGAGCGCCGUCGCGCGGAACAGCCCACCGUACCGUACCCACCGCGACAGCGCGCGCGCGCGCGAGCGUGCGUGCCUGCCUGCCUGACGCCCCCCCUCCUCCUCCCUCCUGCGCUCGCUCGGCCCGUGCGCCCCGUGCGCCGCGCUGCGCUCCGUCCGCGCUGCCGAAGCGCCGCACCGAUCGCUCGAUGCCCACCCGUUUAUGACGACUUUUCUCUCCGCUCUCGUCUUCCGGGUUAGAGAGUGCGGACCCCCCGCAGCCGGAGCCUCCAGCGCAACUCGCAGCCAGGGCUCCUGUCACUGACCAACAUGAACAGCGGCGCGAACGACAAGGACAACGACGCAAAUGAAUUUGCGAACAGCGAGGAGGAGGUGCGAACCCUGUUUGUCAGUGGAUUGCCACUCGACAUCAAACCUCGAGAGCUAUACCUCCUGUUCAGACCAUUUAAGGGCUAUGAAGGCUCCCUAAUCAAACUCACUUCCAAGCUGCCUGUUGGAUUUGUCAGUUUUGACAGCCGAUCAGAGGCAGAAGCUGCGAAGAAUGCUCUGAACGGCAUCCGCUUCGACCCAGAGAUUCCUCAGACCCUGCGGCUGGAGUUUGCCAAGGCCAACACAAAGAUGGCCAAGAACAAGUUGGUGGGAACUCCGAACCCCCCCUUGUCCCAGCAGAGCCCUGGACCACAGUUCAUCAGCAGGGACCCUUAUGAGCUCACAGUCCCUGCUCUUUACCCCAGCAGCCCCGAUGUCUGGACCCCGUAUCCCCUGUACCCUGCGGAGCUGUCACCUGCCAUACCUCCUGCUUUCACCUACCCCUCCUCUCUGCAUGCUCAGAUUCGCUGGAUCCCUCCUGCCGAUGCCACCCCCCAGGGAUGGAAGUCGAGGCAGUUCUGCUGAAAUUGGGGGUUCUGAUGUGUGAUGGUGGCAGCAGUUGGUCUUGAUGGUGUUCAACUAAAUUCUGAAGGAAAACCAGGAGAAUGUUUGACCCAGCUGACGAAACCUUUGGCGAGUUUUACAGACAUAUCUGGCAAAGACCUCUCUGUGGACCUCAGGACCUUCAAGACCUCUAUCACACAUCUCCCCCUUAGAAUGCCUCCUUCCCUUUUGCCUUUUUUUUUUUUACUGUUACAUGUUAAAGACUUAUUGUUAGAAUUAUUAAAAUACAGGUUAAAGCAUGACUUGCCAAAACAGUGCUGUACAUUGACAUUUUGAAGAGGAAGAAGAAAAAGUAUUUUUAUAUCAAACUGCUGUUUGAACUUUUUUGUGCGUUAAGUAUGAGAUUCUGUAUUUCAACUAUGUUCUUCUGUUACGGUAUUGCAGUUGGGUUGAGUCACGCCAACAUCAGUGAAAAAGGGACGCUCACUCUGAGACCCCUAGGUAUGGGGGGUAUCAGCCUCAGGUGCUACUGGAUCCAGCAUUAGUGUGUGUUUGCAUUUUCGUGUUGAUUGGAUCAACCUUUUCUGUUACUGUCCCAUUAAAUGAAGUGUGUGUUUCUU